AUGGAGGUGGUUGGGCGUGGCAGACACGCCGUGAUGUCAAUUGCCGCCUCCUCAACAUGCCCAACUACUUUUGGGUCGCUCGACACCGUAGGCGCCGUGACUCUCUGGGACACGCGUUUGAAGCAGAAAGAUUACGCUCGUGUUGAGGCCGGACCCACGGUAGCAGCUGAGGGGGAUGCGACAGAGUUACUUCUGGCGGCAGAUGUGCACAUGGCACUUGUUCUGGCGGGUGAGUGGAUUACCAGCUACGACUUACGCCGGCACGCAAAACUUUGUUCGUAUAGGCACACGUGUGAGCUCGCCACAUUUUUGGGGGGCACCCACCCACAACGUGAGACCACGACACUUGUGGUUGACGAGGAUGGUGCCAUAACGCCAUUUAGUCUGCUCGAGUGCUCCCCGACUGCGCACCUUCCGGCAUGUUUUUCGGGUGGAGGACAAACUAUUGAUGCGCCUUCGUUUGGUUCGCUCUCGAACUGGUGUUGUGGUCUUGGGUUUGUUAAGAGACAGCAGCAGGACGUUGCGCCGUUGCUCUGUGCCAUUGGAAUGGAUGGUGGGGGUGCUAUUUUUUCCUCACCGAAUCGUCAGGAGGGAGAAUUUAACUUAUUGGGUGACGACUGGCUGGUUCCGUCGAGUGGAGAGGUGAUAAACCCACCGCUUCUGACGACCUGUUCUUUUAUGGAAAGCUACGUGGCGAUUGGUCGGGCAAACGGGAUGUAUUCCAUUGCCACGGCCACUGAGGACGGUGACUCCAUAAUGGAAAUUUUCGCCUCUCCCGGACACGCUCACAAUAAUUUGUCGGUGAUCGGUUGGACGGGAACCCCACGACCUCGUUUGGUGACGUGCUCAGUUUGUGGUGAGGUAUCCGCUUGGGAUGUACUUCCACUCUUAGAGCUGGAGAUGGAAGAGAGUGUGGGUGAUGUUGAAGAGGGCGAUCCGCCCCCUCUGGAUACGAGUGGAAGUGUGCGGGAGGCGACGGGCCAAAUGGCCUCCGUGAACUGCGGUGUUGUUAUUGGUGGCAGCCGACUCGUUGUUGGCGACACUAUGGGAUUUGUGACGACGUGCAAUGUUGCAUAA